UAGAAAAAAUAGUCCCAUAGGCGAACUCACGACUACUGAUCAGACAAUGUGAAUAAUAGAUGCAGCAGUAACAUUGGAGGAUUGUGUGUUGGGGUGGAUUUCCCUGUUACUCAGUCGGGGACUACAGCAGCAGCAGCAGCAGCGUCGUAGUAAAAAUGCGGUGCUGCUGAGAAAAGAGGAGGCAGAAACACAGGGAGAGAAAGAGAGCAGAGAGAGAGAGAGAGAGAGCAAGAGGGAGGGAGAGAGAGAGACCUCCUGGCAGAUCAUUUCUUUCCAGAAAACAGAGGAGCCCGGUCGUCCUCUCCUCCUCGGACAUGUGGUGCACCCAGCAGCAGUAAUAAUAUCAGCACAGGCAGCAGCGACGGCGGCUGUGGCGGCGACGGCGCGGCGUAGCCUACUACGUCUUUGGGGUUUCUUUUGUAUUUAAUUUCUUUUUUUCUUUUUUCUUUUUUUGUGUGAGUCCUUCUGUAAUGAGCUUGCUGGGGGCCUACAAGAAAAAGACCAGUUACGAUGGCUAUGAAUCUUUGCAGUUGGUCGAUAGCGGCGGAGAUAGCUUCAGUAUCGGGAGAGGGAGCAGCAGCGGCAGCACCACACUCGCAGGCUCCAUAGCGGCCACCCUUGGACCGAAGGCAGGCCCGCUCCGAGAGGAGGACUGCAGCACCAUGGACAGCUCAGAUAUGGAUGCCAGUUAUGGCGGAGGACUGUUGGAUAUGGUGAAGGGAGGAGCCGGGAAGUUCUUCAGCAACUUUAAGGACAACUUGAAGGACACGCUGAAAGACACCUCCACCAAGGUCAUGCAUCAGGUUGCCACGUACACUAAAGGGGAGCUGGACAUUGCCUACAUCACAUCAAGGAUCAUAGUGAUGACCUACCCGGCGGAGUCAGUCCAAAUUGGCUACCAGAACCAUGUAGAGGACAUUCGCUCCUUCCUCGACAGUCGCCAUGCCGACCACUACACUGUCUUUAAUCUAUCACAGCGCAACUACCGCGGCGCCAAAUUCUCCAACAGGGUUUCAGAGUGCAAUUGGCCUUCUCGCCAGGCUCCCAGCCUUCACAACUUGUUCGCUGUGUGUAAGAACAUGCACAACUGGCUCAAACAGAAUCCCAAGAAUGUGUGUGUCAUCACCUGCUCGGAUGGUCGUGGUCCCUCGGGUGUUUUGGUUUGUGCCAUGUUCUGCUUCUGCCACCUCUUCAACAACCCGGUUCCUGCCAUGCAGCUGCUCAGCGCCAAGAGACCAGGUUCUGGCCUCUGGCCGUCACACCGCAGGUACAUAGGCUAUGUGUGUAGCAUGGUAUCAGAGAAGCCCAGUCUACCCCACUCCAAGCCCAUGGUGAUCAAAGCCCUCACCAUGACUCCGGUCCCAUGCUUCAACAAGCAGCGUAGUGGCUGUCGGCCCUUCUGCGACGUCCUCCUCGGAGAGACCAAGAUCUUCACCACUGCACAGGAGUACGAGAAGAUGAGAGAGCACAGAGUCCAAGAGGGUAAGGUAGUUUUCCCUCUGGGUGUGAGUGUGCAAGGAGACGUCGUCGUUUCAAUCUACCACAUGAGGUCAACCAUUGGAGGACGUCUGCAAGCCAAGGUGUCCAACACCCAGAUCUUCCAGAUCCAGUUCCACACUGGCUUCAUUGCUCCUGGUACCACCAUGUUAAAGUUUAACAAACCAGAGCUGGAUGCAUGUGACUCUCCUGAGAAGUAUCCCCAGCUUUUCCAUGUGAUACUGGAUGUGGAGGUGGAGGAGGUGGACAAGCAAAAAGACCUGACGCCGCCGUGGGAGCAGUUUCCCUGUAAAGACCUCUGCCCCAACGUGCUCUUCUCCUGCCACCAGGAACACCAGGACGCACUGGCUAUUGCUGAUGAGAUGGAGGGAUUGGAUUUGGAGGAGCCAAGCCGGCCCCAAGGAGGUCCGGAAGGUCGGGGCCACGGCGAGGAGAGCGAGCCAUCGGAUGAUGAGAUGCUGUCUCUCUCCAGCCAGCGAAGCAACGCCAGCAUUGCCCCCCAGAGACCCGACCCCCCUGCUCCAAUGCCUGCUGCCGCUGCACCCACUGAGGAAGUGGAUCUUCUUGGCCUCGAUGGGGAGGGUAUCCACCGGCCGUGUCCUUCAUCUCAGCCCCCGUCUACUGCAGCCGCAACCACUGACCUCCUGGGGGACUUGUUCGGGGGGCCACCCCAGCCAACCAGUGGGGCAUCAUCUGCCCAUUCCACACCACAUAAAGUAGUCCCAAACACUGCCUCGCCAUGCCCCUCUCCUGCGCCACCAGCGUUUGAUCCCUUCGGGACGGGUCCCAUGCCCAAGCCUCAGGACAUGAUGGGUUCUUUUCUUGGACCAGGUAAUGUGGGGCAGCCAGACCCAUUCUUGCAUGCUGCUCGCUCUCCAUCACCCACCCUGCAGCCUACAAGCUUGGGCCGGAGUUCCCCUGUCCCACCCACCACCCCAACCGUCAACAUUCAGCAGCAAAACGCCAUGGGAGGAUGGGACUGGAACAGACCGGCCACCGCAAGCACAGCAGGCUUUAGUAUGGGCAGUCGGUCAGCCACUACAAGCCCCACAGGGUCGGUCCACAGCACUCCUACCCACCAAACCAAGCCAAACACACUGGAUCCAUUCGCUGACAUAGGCAACCUCGGGGGGAGCCUUGGAGGUUCUGGCUUCUCCAGCAAACCCACCACUCCAACUGGUACCGCUCCUUCCAUCCCUCCCAUGGGCUCCCCGUCGCGACCUCCUCCAUCUCCCCAGCACGCAGGAGCUGGCUUCCCCUCGUGGCAGCCAGGUGCUGGAAGCGCUGGAGGGUGGCAGCCCCAAGGACAGGGCCCUGCCCCGCAGCCAAAGCCCAGCCCCAGCCACACCCCCAUGCCUCACACAUCGCCCCAGAACCGACCCAACUACAAUGUCAGCUUCUCUGCAAUGGGAGGGGGCUCGCCCAGCGCAGGAAACAAAGCACAGGCUGGCAUGGGUACUAAGCCCAGGGUCUUGGAUGCUAACUUUGAUGACCUGCUGUCUGGUCAGGGCUUUGCAGGGACCAAAGAGAAGAAAGGGCCCAGGACUAUAGCAGAAAUGAGGAAGGAGGAGAUGGCCAAAGAGAUGGACCCUGAGAAAAUAAAGAUUCUGGACUGGAUUGAGGGGAAGGAGCGUAACAUCCGUGCUCUGCUGUCCACCAUGCAUACUGUGCUGUGGGAGGGAGAGACGCGCUGGAAGCCUGUGGGCAUGGCUGACCUGGUUACUCCUGAACAGGUCAAGAAGGUCUACCGCAAAGCUGUCCUGGUCGUCCACCCAGAUAAGGCAACAGGACAGCCCUAUGAACAAUAUGCCAAGAUGAUUUUCAUGGAACUAAAUGAUGCCUGGUCAGAAUUUGAAAGCCAAGGACAAAAACCCCUCUACUGAAUAAAUAGUGAGAGAAAGUGAGCGAGGAGAGGAUGUCCCUGCUGUCAUCUAACCCUAAAAAUGUGUCACCACCUCUGGUCAACAUACUACAGCUGCACCCUACAACAUCUGCCUUUAUACCUGUGCUUUGACCCGCACUUCUCUUCUCACCACACACACAGAACACAGAACAUCCAGUUGAUCUGCAAAGAUGACAAAAGACUCCCGAACUCCAGUGACCAGACUAACAACUGAACUAAUGACUCCCUGUAGCUCAAAUGUACCUACCUACUGUAUGUAUGUGGUGCAACAUUUUCCUUCCUUGUUGAGUGACCUUAGCUCUGAACCAACCCACCAAUCAAAGCAGAUGUCACCGGGAUGUCUAGAAAAACAGAGAAACUCUUGAUUGAGAGGAGUCAGAACAAAAGACAGCGAGAGACGAUGGACACACAAGAUAAGAGAAAAACACAUCAGGGAGUAAACUGAACUUGACUGGUCUAAAUAAGGUAUUCAGAGCGCCAGAUUGUCUGUAAGGCACAAAAAGCAUUAAACAGCAAUCAAUCAAAAAAAACUUUCUAUUGGGGAAAUGUUUUGCUUUGUACUGACAAUUGGAUGCAUGAUCAGUUAUGUCAUAUCGGAGCAACAGUUUUUCAUACAAUUAAAAGUUACUAGAAAGACAAAAAAGAACAGCAGCAUCCAGUUACUAUAUGUUUUUAACUGGUUGAAGUGAAAUUGAACUGAAUCCAAACCUGUUCUCAAACAAAAAUCAGCUGUAAAUUAAAAACCGAAUUUAGAAAAAAAGUGAAUGAAAGCCUAUUGCUAUUACUGCUCUCCACAGUAACUGAUUACAGGUCGGCUUCCAUCUCCAUUAGCUGGAUUCUGCUGAGUAUGAUUGAAAAUGAAAAAAUAAACUAAAUGAAAACAAAACAAAAAAACACUGGUCAGAAGGCUGCUACAAUUUUAAUUCCAGACUUAAUAUUCAUGUGACUGAUUAGCAAAAGGCUGUUGUAGGAGAAUGAUUUAUCAUUGGUGUGUCUGAUGUAAUCAAGCCUUGUGUGUGUCCAUGUUCAAAGGGAACUGGGGAUUGUAUACUGUAUUUUAGGAUUAGCACAUGCACAGUUCCAUACGCACCUCAAGGCCUCAUGCAUACUCACUCAUACAAUAACAUGCAUUUUUGCAAGGGAGCUCUGUGAAAGCACAAACUGACAACUUUACUCGGUGCAGCUUUGAAGGAAAGCCAUUGUUAUUUAUUUAUUAGUUUGUCCAACAUCGUUUGGUCGUUUUGUGUAUCAGACCUGCUGCAUUUUGGUUUAAAUGAACUGCACAUGUCAUGAGCUAAUGUAUGUAAAGGACAUGUUCGAGUUUUUUGGGCCAUUAACUCAUCAACAGCUAGUAAAACCAGGGAAUAAUUUGUAAAACUAUAUCACAAUUUUUGUGUGUAUAGUUUUUUAUAGUCUGCAGCAUCACUCAUGCAGUGCUGCACAUCUCAUGUUUCUAUUGACCACACAAACUCCCUACAACACUAAAUGAUGGUCAGACUGAUGAGUUUUUUUACUGUAUCUCAAUGCUUCAUAUCUCAAUUUAAUUUCACUCAGAUUCUACAUAUAUCUGCUGUUGUUACCACUUUUUUAGCAAAACACACAUUUGCAGCGACUGCAACAUGUCUUAUCACUUUAUGUAAUUUGUUUACAUUUAUGAAACAUUUCUGUCACACCACUGACACUUUUAUUUAUAAUUAUCAUGCAGUAAUAUUGACACUAUUGCAUAUCAACAGUGAGGUACAACACACUUGGCUCAAAGUAUCAGCCUUUUUUUUAGGAGCUGUACAUGUACGCACAUUAUUCUCUCCAUAUAAUUUCAUUAAUAUGCUGACUGAUGUGAUCGUUCCUCAGUAUGAUAGGAAUUGACUUCUGACAUUGUCUCCUUGUGUAAAAUGUAUUUCAUAGUCCUGAGAUGAAGUCCAUGGGCCAAUGAUACAACAUAUGCAAAAAUAUAUUUAUUAACUUAUUAUCAACCGGAAACUGAAGCAAUUCUCAAUUUCUGUUAGGGGUUUGAGGUUUUAACAAGACGCUAAUAUCCUGUAACAUCCUCACCUUCCAGCUUUGUGUUACUGAAAGAGCUUUUUCCUGUAAAACCCCAUUGAGAUAUUCUGAUGUUUGACCUUUGUUAUCGGUUCAAAAAUGUGUUUAAAAUCUAUUUUAACACGCAAAUUGAGCAUAUUUGCCUUCACAUGUUCAUGAACUGUUUAAGGUCAUUACUGUUUUCAUGCUCUCUCUCUCUCUCUCUCUCUCUCUCUCUCUCUCUCUCUCUCUCUCUGUUUUGAUGAAGGAUUAGAUCAUUUUUUGUUGUCAUUAAUCCUUGUUAACCAGCAUAAUGUUUUCUCCCUCUGCUGGUCUUCAUUAUUUCCCAGGAUUCUCAGUUUGUUCAUGUGUGUUGAGGAUGUUGACUGAAUACUGAUUAGUGGAAAAAGAGUAUGACUGCUAUAAAGCGCUGUUUCUUCAACCGGUUCGGGACCCAGAAUGGAUCACAUCCCUGAACAUGACACUGGCUGAAAAUGUUAAACUCUCAUCUAGAGGCUACUGCUUUCUUUGGUGACUUACCAGACACAGGAGGUGUGUAGUGUGUGCUUCUCUAUUUAUACUGAGGACUUGUGAAAUAACCCUCAUUAGCUCCCCUCGCUGACUGAAUUCUCUAUCUGCAAUCUUAUGGCUAUGUUAAAAAGCUAACCUCUAUAUUGUAGUCAAUGGAUGUGUGUUGUUUGAAGUCGUGGUAUGUAUGGAAGUGAUCAGAUUUGGAUACAGACUACUGUACGUUAUGUGUUUGCCUGUCUGCUGUUCAAGUAUUACUAAAUUGUGUAAAAGUUCUGUUCAUGUGCUCCUUUUCAGUUCUGUUUACCGUUACAGGAUGUACAUAAUGAUCAAGUGCAGUGCACAAAAAUAAAUAGUAAACAGAAAAA